GACAUUUAGGAAACUAGAGAAAAAGCACCUCGUACAGUACGCUUCAGUAAAUAUGAAGGGCUAGUGCAGUGGACGCUAGAAACACUCGAUCAAUAGCCUAUUUAAGUGGGAAUAUAUGCAAGCAUGGAGAAGUGAUUGCUCUCCUGUCUGUGGGGUGUAUUUGCAGAGGACAGCAGCAGAACAUUUGCAGGUGAGCUGCCUGAAUUUGGCUACUUCAUGCUGGGGUGGUGCAGUGUGUUUCUGAAGGGAUUGCUUAAAAAAACAGUCUGCAGGGUGACUGCGGUUGUGCAUUUUCAGUUCCUUCUCAUAGAGCUUUCGGUGUUCAGGAUGAUUCAAAGUGGGUGAAGUCCAUCUAGGGGUGAAGAAACUGUAAGAAAGGACCUUUGGUCUGUUUAGUGAUGAGUAAUUAAUGGACGUCUGAUGUCUCUGACCUCUGCAAGGCGAGGAGCUGAUGUCGUCAUGAAAAUCAUGAUAUGAUUUUCCCUCAGGAGAAACUAUGACUUGGAACGACACCACUAUGGAUGGGGAAGGGUUGCUGGUGGAAAGGGACUCUUCCUUUCGAAUCCUCACGGGCUGUUUCCUCUCACUACUGAUCCUCUCCACGCUGCUGGGAAACACGCUGGUCUGUGCAGCUGUCAUUAGGUUUCGCCACCUCAGGUCAAAGGUGACCAACUUCUUUGUCAUCUCCUUGGCUGUGUCUGAUCUCUUAGUGGCGGUUCUGGUCAUGCCUUGGAAAGCUGUGGCAGAGAUCGCCGGCUUCUGGCCUUUCGGUUCAUUUUGCAACAUCUGGGUGGCCUUUGAUAUUAUGUGCUCAACAGCCUCCAUCUUAAAUCUCUGCGUCAUUAGUGUGGACAGAUACUGGGCCAUUUCCAGCCCAUUUAGGUACGAGAGGAAAAUGACCCCCAAGGCAGCCUUCAUCAUGAUCAGUGUGGCGUGGACUUUGUCUGUGUUGAUUUCCUUCAUCCCUGUGCAGCUGAACUGGCACAAGGCUACAACCACAAGCUUUUUGGACCUAAAUGCCAGCUUACAAGGUGUAAGCAUGGACAACUGUGAUUCUAGCCUAAACAGGAUGUAUGCCAUCUCCUCAUCUCUAAUUAGCUUCUAUAUACCUGUGGCCAUCAUGAUAGUAACUUACACGAGGAUAUACCGGAUUGCUCAGAAGCAAAUACGACGCAUCUCGGCUUUGGAGAGAGCAGCAGUGCAUGCCAAGAACUGCCAGAACACGAGCGGCAACAGAAGCAGCAUGGACUGCCAGCAACCAGAGAGCAACUUCAAAAUGUCCUUCAAGAGGGAAACGAAGGUUUUAAAGACUUUGUCGGUGAUCAUGGGGGUGUUUGUGUGCUGCUGGUUGCCAUUUUUCGUAUUGAACUGCAUGAUUCCCUUUUGCGAGCCUACUGAACCAUCCAAGGGAGCAGAAGCUUUCUGCAUUGAUUCCACCACCUUUGAUGUUUUUGUUUGGUUUGGAUGGGCUAAUUCUUCCCUCAACCCCAUCAUUUAUGCCUUCAAUGCUGAUUUCCGCAAGGCAUUUUCUACCCUUCUAGGAUGCUACAGGCUCUGCCCUAUGUCUGGCAAUGCUAUAGAAACUGUCAGUAUUAACAAUAACGGAGCAGUUGUUUUUUCGAGCCAACAUGAGCCCAGAGGGUCCAGCCCCAAAGAGUCUAAUCUGGUUUAUCUGAUUCCACAUGCAAUUAUCUGUCCGGAAGAAGAACCUCUCAAGAAGGAAGAAGAGAGUGAACUAUCUAAGACCUUGGAGAAAAUGUCUCCAGCACUGUCGGGUAUCUUGGAUUAUGAAGCUGAUGUUUCUUUGGAAAAGAUCAACCCCAUUACACAAAAUGGACAGCAUAAAACCUGAACAGUAAGGUUUAGCCAGCAAGACCUAAUAGUGUA